AUGUGCGACGGGAUUGGGGAAGGCGGCGUGAGCUCCGUGCCUAUCCUCAAGAUGUGCGAUGAGAUUGGGGAAGGCGGCGUGAGCUCCGUGCCUAUCCCCAAGAUGUGCGACCGUGGUACAAGACAAAAGGAACCCGUGAAGCUAGGGGCAGGUGGCGGUGAUGGGAGCCCGGAGCACGUCCUCAAUAUUGGGCGUAGUCGCCUUCGAGUCGAUCACCUUGGCCAGUUGUAUGUCCUUGACUCCGAAGAUGAAGGCAUCGGCAUGGAGGCGGGACUUUAUGUUCCUGAUUCAAAGGAGGAAGAUGGACAUGGUCGUGGCUGUGAGCGUCGACAGCUUCGUCGAUGUGCUGGGCUGCCCGGAGGUGAUGUUGGUGGGCGCUACAACUGUGGACGUGCAGUGGUGGCGUCUACAGCCAGCAACAAGUCCGAGAAGAUGACCAUGGCCGCAAAUCCGGUCAUCAAGGCUGCCUCGGUCCAGGCUAUUGUGGACGUCCCUGUGGGGGAUGUUGCCGCCGCCGCUGACGAACUACACCCAGAGAUGGUUCAACACUUGAAGCUACAGCUUGCCGGGAUGGAACCCCUCUUCCACGAGACCUUUCUCAGCAUCCUUAAAAAUUAUUUGCCUGCAUGCUUCCAACCGUAG